CUUUGAACUCUCGCCUGAAAGGCUUUGGUUUCAAACGGAAGUCGAGCGCCCCGAACCAGCCUCAGGGGAGUGCCAGCCCCGACUCCAGCGAGCAGCAGAGCCCGACCCCGCCUCCGGGACCUCCUCAGAUACCGCCGCCGUUCCCCUCGCGCCCGGGUCCCGUCCCGCCGAGUGCACCCAACUCAUCGCAGACGAGCCUCCAAAUGAAUCACCCAGGUGUUGGUCCGCGGCCGCCUAGCUACUCAGCAAACUACCCUCCUGGCCCUCCCGGCCCCAUCGGCCGCACCAGCCCUCUCGCGAACCAAGGCCCGACCCGCACUCCACCGUCGCAAAUGGUUGGAGGCCCUCCCCCCAUCAACACCGGGGCCCCUCCGGUCGCUGGGUAUCCACCUCCCGUCAUGGGAGGCGGUCCUCCGCCUGUCCCUGGCGGCCCUCCGGGAUAUGCGGGCCCUACCGGCUACCCUCCGCCGGUCCCUGCGCAACCAGCCGGGCCCAUUGCGCCUUACGCGCGCAAUACUGCCGCCGAGGUCGAAGGUAACAGCCGGAGCAAGGCCCAGCUGAUCGUUGGCAUCGAUUUUGGUACCACGUUUUCCGGCGUUGCGUUUGCGUUUGCGACAAACAACGAAGCGAAGGAGGAUAUUAUCACGGAGUGGCCCGGCGCCGGCUCAUAUACAAAGCAAAAGAUCCCGACUGUGCUCUACUAUGACCAGUACCAGAAAGUCGUUGGCUGGGGCCCCGAUAUCGCCGACGCCCUCGCCCCGACCGGCUACCCCAAGCCGGGUGUGCAGAAGGUGGAAUGGUUCAAACUGCAGCUGAUGCUGUCAGGUAACACAUACAUUGAUCCCAUCAACCUCCCGCCCCUGCCGCCGGGCAAAUCGGAAAUCGACGUUGCGGCCGACUACCUCUUCAAGCUCCGCCAGGCGAUGCGCGCGGCUCUCCAGAAGACGCUGGGUGAGGUGUUCAACCGCGAGGAGAGAAACAUCCGAUACUACCUGACCGUGCCCGCCAUCUGGAACGAUGCUGGCAAGGCGGCGACAAGAGCAGCGGCCAUUCAGGCCGGUUUCCUCCGCGACGAGAACGAUAACCGCCUGACGCUGGUCAGCGAGCCCGAGGCCGCCGCUCUCUUCUGCUCCAAGACCGGCCUGCUGAAUCUCAAGGUGCACGACGCGGUCCUCAUUGUCGAUUGCGGUGGCGGCACGGUAGACUUGAUCGCCUACGAAGUUGAAGACGAGAAUCCCUUCACGGUCGCGGAAUGCACAGCCGGUUCUGGCGACUCGUGCGGCUCGACGGCUCUGAACCGGAACUUCAGCAACAUUCUCCGGACGAAGAUCCGCAAGAUGAAGCUGCCUGACGGCUCCAAGACUGCCGGCCGUGUGUAUGCCAAGUGCAUCAUGGACUUCGAGAACCGGAUCAAGGCCGACUUCCGGAAUAACGGUCAGAAGUGGGCUGUGGACGUUGGCAUUGAGGCCGAGUUCCCCGAGGCGGGCAUCGAAGAGGGCUACAUGACCUUCACGAACGAGGAGAUUCUGCAGUGCUUCGAGCCCGUCGUCAACCGUAUUCUGGAGCUCGUCCGGAACCAGAUCAUUGCGAUCCAGGCGCAGAACCGGACCCUCCAGAACAUCUUGGUCGUCGGCGGCUUCGGCGCCUCGGAAUAUCUCUUCCAGCAGAUCAAGCUCCACGUCCCUCCGCAGUUCCAGUCCAAGGUCGUCCGGCCCAUGGACUCGGUCGCCGCGAUUGUCAAGGGUGCCGUCACUGCCGGUAUCACCGAGAGAGUCAUCACGCACCGUGUUGCCCGCCGCCACUACCUCAUGGCCACCCUCCAGCCCUUCAAGGAAGGCUACCAUCCCGAGGCAUAUCGCGUGCCCUCGCUUGACGGCAAGGACCGCUGCAAGUUUACCCGCCAGAUAUUCGUCCAGAAGGGGCAGAAGGUCAAGAUUGGCGAGCCGGUUAAGGUGUCGUUCUUCCGCCAGGUCGCCCCUGGCGCUACCCUCAUGUACGAGGACAUUCUGUACGCCUGCGAUGACGACGUUUGCCCAGAGUACACCAAGGAUCCGAGAAUCAAGGAGGUGGUGACGCUCACGUCGGACCUGUCCCGCAAGAACCUGGAGAAGGACUUCGAGCGCAUGGACACGCCUCAGGGCACCUUCUACCGUGUCUACUUCGACAUCUACCUUACGCUUGACGGCUCCGAGUUCAGCGCCGAGCUUGUCUGCCAAGGCGAAGUCAUGGGCCGUUGCAGGGCACGGUUUAGGUAAAGCAGGAGACAGGCGUGUUUGGACGGAAGUUUAGCUGCUUUUCAUUUUCGCACCGCAUCGGAUCUCCACAGUGAUACCUCUUGAAGUAAAAAUGGGCGUGUUUCGCAUAGCAGGCAAUGUGAGGCUCAUUCAAUUAAACAUGGCAAUAUGCUGAGUUUGGGUGGGGGUGUUGACAGUUGUUUUGGUUCGCUUGACUCGAUGGAGGAGGGAGAAAGGAACAGUGGGGGAGGAUAAUUUUUGAUGGAUUUAGAACUUCGAGACGGAGUCGAUUUAGAUGAUUCUGUGUCGACUUGUUUGUUCAAACUUCUCCACAGAUCUUCUUCCAUCGUGGCAACGGGCGUACUGUACGGAGUAUGUAAGCCAGACCAGAUCUCCAGAGUGUCUCUUCCAAAGUAAACUGCCCGGAUCCGCGCCAACAGCCGAAAUGUGUGUACGGAAUAGUUCGCUAAAGUUGGCUUCCAUAGGCAUCCACUCGUUGCCAUUAUAUAGGACGUGGAUUCACUAUUUCUCGUUUCCAAACCAACGUCCAAUCUCCACCCG